CUCCUCCUCCUCCUCCUCCCGCGCGGCACACCUGAGCCAGUACAGGUGAGGGUAUUGCCAGGUAAGGACGCGGCGCACCUGAGGGGUCACCUGAUGGCACCUGGAUCUUUCUAAUUGGUUGGUUUCGUCUCACCUAAAUUGAAAGGACUGUGUCUCUUGAAGGACUCUUUGUGCCUCUGAAGGAUCGCAAUGAGCAGCCCAGGGGAAGAGGAAGGAGACCCAAGAAGUCCUCGGUCUCGGAGUCCUGCCAUGGGCGUGUCUGGACUUCUCAGGGAUCAUGCUAAGGCAGGUGGAGGGGUGGAGGAGGAGGGCAGGAGGGGGUCAGGUGGAGGCAUUCUCAAACUUGACCCCGCCAAGCCACGCAGAUCAUCCGCCGCCUCUGUGGAAUUCAGAACAGACAAGGAUGACCCAUCUUCACCGUGCCCCAGUGACCGCCUCAGUGUAACCUGGGCUGACGGGGAGCGGUCGGUGUCCAGCGAUGGUGUGUCACUGGUGCAGAGAGGCCCAGGCAGCACACCUGACCAGCCAUCCAUCAACACCCUGGUGCCUGCUUGUGGGAGUCUGCUGGAGGAGGCACAAGAGUCAGCCCUUCCUGAGAAGCAACACCAACACCACCAGCAUCAGCAGCAGCAGGAGGAUGAGGAGUAUGGAGCAAGUGUGUCUGCCAUCCUGAGGCGCUCCAGUUGUCGGGGCGGCUCACGGCGCAGCACCAGGAGGAGGAAGAAGCCCAGGAGGACCAGCACCGUCACCACCAGCUCGGGGGAGACAGUGGUGGAGGUGGAUGGACUGAGUGAGGAAGAGGAGGUGGCAGAGACGCUGAGGAUCCACAAGGAGGUAGUGGCGGGCGUCAGGCUGCAGCCGUGGCCCAUAGCAAGGAAGCUGCGUCUGGCCAGGGCGUCACGGGAGUACAUCAGGCGCCACGAGGGAGAGCUGGAGGAGCGUCUGGCCCAGAGCACCAGCACUUGGGACGUCCUGCUGCACUGCUUCAUCCGUGCCAGGAGGGUGCUCCGGGGUGGUGUGCGGGCAGUGUACGUGUGGGUGUCUGGUCUGGAGCCAUGGCAGGGUCGCAUCAAGACCAUCGAGUCACACUUUGGCUCAGCGGUGGCCUCCUACUUCACCUUCCUGCGUUGGGUGUUGGGCCUCAACGUGGCACUGGUGGCACUCCUGGCAGCCUUUGUCAUCAUCCCAGAGUUCCUGGCUAGUGACCGGGACAGUGCAGGGGAGAGGAAGUCCAUCCUGCCUUGGGAGCGCAUCUCAGCAUAUGACUUCAAGGUUCUGUGGGACUUUGAGGGAGUGAUGAGGUACUCGCCUAUCUUCUAUGGCUACUACAGCAAGGACCCUUACACCAGUGAGGGCUACAGGCUGCCACUUGCCUACUUCCUCACCUCUCUUGCCGUCUAUGCCUACAGUUUUGUGGCUAUACUGAGGAAGAUGGCUGCCAACUCUCGCAUGUCCAAACUUGCUGAGGACGAAGAGUGCACUUUCACGUGGCGUCUGCUGGCCAGCUGGGACUACACCAUUGGCAAUCCUGAGGCAGCCCAGAACAAGGUGGCUGCCAUCAACACAGGCUUCAGGGAGUCACUGCUGGAGGCAAAGGAGUCAGAGAAGGAGGAAAAGAGUUGGAAGCUGCGAUUGCGACGCUUGCUGGCACAUUUCAUUGUGGUGCUGAUCAUCGUGGCCAGUGCGUACGCUGUGGUGCUGCUGGUGAAGCGCUCCGUGGGGGUGGACAGCUCUGCCUCCUGGUGGCAGCAGAAUGAACUCACCCUCACACUCACCCUCAUCUCCUUUGUCUGCCCAAACCUGUUUGAUCUGGUGGGGAUGCUGGAGGCACGUCACCCAAGGAACCAGCUGCAGUGGCAGCUGGCACGCAUCAUGUCCUUCAACUUGCUGAAUCUGUACACCCUAAUCUUUGCCCUCUUCUCCAAGGUGGAUGACAUGACUAAGGAUCUUGAGGAGCUGAAGGAAAACCUGACUGCUGUCCACAUGGAGGAGCUACAGAUGCUCACCACCAUCACACCCUGGACACCCAACACCACCAUAGCUGACCCCACUGACGCAUCCAUCACCUACAAUGCCUCGGUGUACGCCCCCACCCCCUCACUGGGCGAUAGAGUGAACCUUGGUGUAGUGGAAGAUGGCAUGACCAGCUUCUCCUCCACCCUGCCUGCUGUCAUCCUGGACACGGAGGCUUCACUCAGCUCUACCUUGGCAGCAUCGUUCCUCACUGCUGCUUCACUCUCCAAAUUGUUGCUGCCCAAGGGUGACCCAAGACAGAAGACACCUCCACCUGGCUGCCACGUGCUCCCAGUCACCUGUCCUUCCACUGUGCCUGCCUCCACAACCUCAGCCACAGCCUUCUCCACCACUCCACCAACCUCCACCCACAAGCACACUGACUGGGCUGAAGUGAUCUACGGCUUGGGUGGUGAUGGUACACUCCUUGGUGAUGAGCCGGUGUACUUGGGUGAGGAUAACUUAACCACACCCAGCUGGCUUUCCACAGAGUCCACACAGGAACCUGGUGGAGAUUAUGAGAAUUAUCCAGCAGAAACAGACAGUAGUGCAAUCUCUUCUGACCCUCGUGUUGAUGGCAGCACUCCUAAUACUUCCACUUCUAGUCCGGUUCCUAUUGAAGCUGAUGGAGUGUUUAGUAAUUACACAUCAGAAGCAAGCACUAAUAUAACCUCUCCUUACCCUCAUGUGGCUAGUAAUACUGCUAUGGCUAAUACUUUGUCAUCCACUCCUGUGAUUACUGUUGGUGCAAGCAAUGGUAGUAAUAAUGGUAGUCUGCAUCUUUCUGAACCUGAGCUUAGUGGUGAUGGAGGAUUCUCAAAUGGCACUGAACUAGAUAAACCAUUCAGAGCACUUGGCAAUGAAUCCAGCACCAUGUCAUUAGAGGUGUUAGAAGGACACACCACACCACCACCACCUAGUGUAGCAACAACACCACACACUCUUGACAAGUCUGAGCACUUUGCAGAGGUCUCAGGCACCACUAAGGCUAUCAUUGAAGGUCCCCCGGAAUAUGCCAGAUUAGAAACCUCCACAGAGGCUACUGGUGCCAAGGAAGAAAACUUUUUAAAACUAAUGAAACUGACACCUGGCUUACCAGGAAUCUUCCACAUGCUUGGUGACUUGGAGGAGGAAGAGGAAGCAGAGAAUAGCAUGAGGACAGUGACAGUGCAUGAUGUGAUUAGGCAGAAGAGGAAGGUUGAUGCUGUCCAAAAUUCUCCAUUACCACAAAUCCAGACUCAGGAUAAGGAAGCUAAAAUAAAAGGAAGAAGCUCAUUUAGGAAUUCACCAAUUUUAGAUGAGCAAAAACAGUUAGAUGUCACCACUGAAAGGGAAGAAGUUAUGGAAGUAAAAGAAAGAGAAGGAAAGUCAACUGGGAUCUUGCACUCACCUGAUAAUCAAAAUGGGGAAAAUCAUGUUAUAACUGAAAAGAAAGAAAUAAUGAAAACAGAUGCAUUGAAAGAUAAAACACUCGAAGUGAAAGAAACAAAGGGAAAAAUCUUAGAAGUCAAAUAUUUUGAAGAAAAUAUGACUAGUAAUUCAUAUGCAAUAAAUCACAAAGAAAGGGAAGGUCAGAAAGUGAAAAACCUGGAUAAGGAAAACCUGUCAGUGAAGAGAGCCAAGCGUGUGAUCAAUGAUUAUGGUGGGAUAGAUGUCAACGAUGCUCACUACCUCCCCUCCUUUGGUGAUGAUCCAGAGGACAAUAUGAUGACCUACGACCCUCCCCCAGACAACAGCCUACCCAUGGAUCUAGACACAGGAGACAAUGCAAACAAUCCAACCGAGACCAGCUCCACACUGGACAGUAUUGAAGAAACUAAGGAUAACUGGGGUACUAGAAUGGUGCUGCCAACUGUGGUGUCUUACAAUAUAUCAACGACUGACAGGGAUUCAUUUUGGGCGCAGUUCUUGAGGGGUACUGCAGAGGGUGAUGAGGCAACACUUGAGCCCUCGAUGGUGGGGGAAGAGAGCGGGACAACUGUGGAGAGCCUUACGGAUUUGCCUGUUGAUGCUGAGGACUGCUUUGUUAUGGUGUGUGAAGAGCCACCCACCACCACCACCACCACCACCACAGAAACACCCACAGCGUCACCAACAACCUUACCACCACCCACACAGCCCACAACUCUCACUAUGCACCCGACCCCCACCACACCUGAGCCCACCACCCCACACCCCUUCCUGGUGCAGCCCAUGAAGAACAACCCUGAGAAGUGGGUGUCCUCGCUGCCCAACAAGUCACAGGAAAGACUGAGGAAACUGUGCUGGGAGACAAUGUUUGGCCAGGAAAUCAUCAAACUGACUGUUAUGGAUCUGGUGUUGACAGUAGUGUCAGUGGUGAUGACAGAGUACGUGCGGGCUGUGGUGGUGCGGCUGCUCAAUGGCUGCUUCUGCUGGGACCUGGAGAAGCAGUUUCCUGGCUAUGCGGAUUUUAAGAUUGCCGAGAACAUUCUGCACUUGGUCUACAAUCAGGGGAUGGUCUGGAUGGGAAUGUUCUUUGCUCCGGGGCUGCCAGUACUCAACACCUUCAAGCUGGUGGUGAUGCUGUAUGUCCGCUCCUGGGCUGUCGUCACCUCCAAUGUGCCUCCUGAGACAGUCUUCAAGGCCUCAAAUAACAACAACUUCUACCUCCUCCUACUGCUUACCAUGCUGUUCCUCUGCACGCUGCCAGUCGGAUAUGCUGUGGUGUGGUUGGCGCCGUCGUGGCAUUGUGGACCAUUCAGUGACUACCCUAGGAUAUACCAGCUUGCUACUUCAACCCUGAUUGGAGGACUGCCACCAACUCUCUAUCCCAUCAUUGACUACAUUUCCUCCCCUGGUGUGGUCAUUCCUGCUGGCCUCCUGCUAGUCCUCAUCAUCUACUACCUUGUCUCUCUCACCGCUGCAUUGCGGGAGGCCAACAGUGACCUGAGGGACCAGCUGCGCCAAGAAAGGUCAGCUGAGAAAAGGAAGGCUUUGGAAUCUCGCUCAGGAAUGAAGAGGAGAAGUGAGACUCCCACAUCCAGGUGGAGCCGCGUGGUGCCCCUCACCCCCCUCCCACGGCCCCGGCUGGAUGCCACAAGUGACCCUGAGAAGCUACCUGCCAAAAAGCCUCCCUCAGAUUAUGGACAUGUUCCAGCUUUGUCUCCUGAGGGUGAGGAUGGCCCCAUCAUGGCCCUGUGUGACCCGCCGCGAGGCAAGGAUGAUGGACCAUGGCCUGAUGACAUGACCGACCUUGGCCACUCAGAGGUUUUUGAUGAUUCUCUGUCUGAGUCACGCCAGGUGAAGGCACGAGAGGCUGCAGAGGGACAUGAAAAGAGGGCCAGGGAUUACUUUGAGAAAGAGAGAGACACAGAGCAGCAGCACAAGAGCAAGACAAGAAAAAAUUCCUUCCCAACACAGACAAAGGAGGAGGAGGACAGUUCAUUUAGAGUGCCCAAGGGAAGACAAAAAUCAUAUGGAAGUCAGAACCGAGGCCACAGAAUAACACAGGAGAGGAAGCAGUCAGAUGAAAGCCUCCACAGGGACUCCCCAACCAAGGUCAGGUCCAGCCACAGACAGUAUACAGACUCACCACGGGAGAGGAGGAGGAGUUCUGGCUCACACUCAAGCAAACACAAGGAUAAGCUUCCUGAGGACAUACAGGAGGCACCAGAUGGCCCACACCAGGACACGGGCAAACACACCAAGACUCACCGUGGACUGGCUAAGAAAGACUCUUCAAAGUUACCUCCUGAAACAGAGACCCCGACAAAAGGUGUUCUCUCCACACGUCACCGCAGGGAACACUCUAUACUGAAGCUAGAGGAUCUGAAGCGCACCACCAGUGGACAGCAGAAAGGAGCAGGCACCACUGUUCCUGCCAGCCAGCAGUGCAGCAGUUCAGAUGACUCCCAGGGCAUGCAGACCAUACCUGUCAUCAAGAUCAGCAAAGAGGACAGUGUGGAGCGGUCUCUUCAGCAAGCCAAACUGCAGCGCCAGGACAAAACACAGGAUGACCCCGACAACACAGAGGGCAGCCAGCAGUCCUCCAACAGCAGGCCAGGUGCUGGCUCGCCAUCGUCUGGACAGCACAAUAGCAGUAGUGUGGAACUGAAACAUGUGACAGGGAAGGACUCCACAAAACCAAUGACAAGCAAAAAAUCAGCCCCAAUUGAAACCAACCUAGAUGAACCCUAUUUUCCCGAGUCAGACACGGCUGCCUUGAUUGAGAAGAGUGAUGUUGAAAAGCUGCCUCUUCAGCUUGCCACAGAGGAGGAGUCUGUGAUCCUUAGCUCAGAUGAGGAGUCAACAUUACUUGAUAAGUGAGGUGAGGGAAAGAAAGUGCUAGUUUUUAGACAAAUCUAUAGAGCAGUGAGGUGAGGGAAGGUGCACAAUUUUAUAUUUGCUUCCUGAUUGGGAAGUGAGGUGAGGGAAGGUGGUGGUAGUGUUUUGUAGCUGUUUCUGACAUACAAGGAGCAGUUUUGUCUGAUGAAUUCACCUGCAGCACUCAUACAUACAGUAUAUAGGUUAGAGGAAUAAUUGGUAAUGUUAGAUACCUCCCAAAUAUGUACUUAGGUCUUGCACUGUGUUAUCGUAAGGACUGUACUGUUUGCAUUUCUUGCUCAACUGUAUCAUACACCUGUGCUUUGUAUGUCAUUCACCUGCACUUCAAAAGAUCCUUCUUGAUGAGAAUUGUUUAGACAGAUCAUUUGGAAACCUAAACCUAAAAUACUUGGUGUGUCAAGUAAUGGGUUUUUGCUUAUAUUUAAGGAUAUUAUAAAUAUUUAAAUGCUUGCUUCAACUACCAGAAUAUUUAUUCAGCAUACACCAUAGAAAAUUGACAAAAGGUUUAACACGAGUAUGCCAAGAAAUGUAAAGAGACUGUUCAACAUGUUAAUUUCUCCGAUCAACCUUAUCUUGCCUUUCUGCAAAUAAAGAAUAUCUAGCAUGACAACUGACAGUGUUCCUUAAUUACAAGGAAAUAUUAAGUUAAGGUUUGUAAGCCAGUUACAUGUACUAAAUAUAAAUAAAGAAAAAUCAUUAAAA